CCACCGCACGCCGAUUUGUUCGCCGCGUCUCCUGCUUCUCACUCCGCCGAUCGACACCAGAAGCCCGAGUGAAAACGGAAACUAAACUAGCAGCAGCGACGAAACGGGGAGGGGGGGGAUUCUUAUUAUUGUGUGCGCGUGAGUGCGUGCGUGCGCGCGCGCGCUCGCAGGGUCUAGUUGGAAAUCGCGACGGGACACGGAAGCUAGACGAUGAACCGUGGCGGUGCUUCCAGGCGGAGAUGAUCGCUCCAGAGCUUCUCUGAAAACACUCGCCCGUGAUUCAUAGCUCCUUGCGCGGACUCCUCCGAGCCUCCACGAUGGAUUGAUCGACGAUCGGCCUCUUUUGCGCUCGUCUUUUUCCGCUCUCUCUCGACCCCCCCCCCCCCCCCCCCCCUCAUCUCAGCACUCCUGCCCCGGCAUGCUGUCACUGACCGCGGCCAAAGACGAUCCACGAUGAUCAGGCCGCUCUGAGCUCCAGCCGGCGUCUUCGAAUCCCGUUGAUGAAGACGAGGGACGGACUUUGCGCUCCAGGUAGAGAACAUGGUGAAAGCUCAGCGACACCAGCCAGCGAAAGAUGGCAAGCGAGGCGGAGAAAAGGGAGGCGGGAUGAGGAAAGGCAAAGAUAGAACAAAGGAAGUGAGGAGAAAGAAGCAGAAGAAGAAAGAGUCGCCCACGUUUCGGAAGAAGACAUUGGCGGGGAAAGUUGGAGAUGCGUUGGACUGUUGUGUUCUGCUCACCCGGUUGGAGGAGAAAGCAACUGCAGGGAAGCAGAAGGAUGGACAGAAACCCAGCGUCAAAGCCAAGAAGAAACCGACCAAAACUUAUCAAAAGUUCAAAAAAUCUGCUUAUCAACAAGCACUGGAACCAAAAAGUAGCAAAUCUGACACCAUGCUAACGUGGCCCCCGCUUGUUCCCGAGCCUCGCAGGAGAAGAAUGGCUUCCCUCAACGCAGAGGCCGUCAACAGCCUGCUGCUCUACAGGGCCGACCCCUUGGCAUCCAGUCUCAUUAAGAAAGAGUCCAACGAAGCGCCGCCGCCGUCGAAAGGUGAAAGCAGACCUCCUAAAGCCAAAAAGGUUCUUCGGGGAGGAAAAGCAGACCUGAAGGAAAGUCGUAAAAAACAAAAGGCCGAGGCGCCGCCGGUGGACUGGUUGGCUUUGUUUGCCCCGACCCCUCGCCGUCAAGCGGGCCUCACCGCCGCCACGCUGCUCAAACUCACCGGUUCGCUCUACGGGAGCAAGCGGCAAAAGAAGCAGGAGUCCAAGCCCGCUAGUGAAAGUAAAGCCGAGGCUUUAACUCAGGUUGAGAUUAGUGGUAAGCCUUUAAGUGGAGCAACACCGCAGACCAAAAGAAGAACAAAUCCAAAACACAAUGAGCAGCUAAAGCACAUUAAACAGGGUAAAGAGGAUCCGGGUUUCUGUAGUCUUUGCAAGACGGAGGCUUUGGAUCCCGAGUGGAAGUCCGGUGGACAGGAUUGUUUAAAAACUCCUCUCCACUGCGGCUCGGCUCUGGGGUUCUCCUUAAAAACAAUCAAAGAGGAGCAGGGGGAGACGGACGUGUCGCCCUGCUACUGCUGCAGCCAGGAGAGAUGCGUGGAAUAUUGUCACAGACUGGCCCUCUUCCUCAAGAACAAGGCGGUCAAGGAGCCCGAUGACGAAGGCUCGCUCUCCGAGGUGUUCCACCACCACCACCUCCACCACCACCAUCACCACCUCCACCACCCGGCAGCCAUAACCAUCACGCCGCACGCGUACGCUUGCUUCCCGAGCUACUGCGUCCACUUCAGCCACCCGGACAGCUCGCCGUCCACAAUGACGCCCCUCGCUCUGUGUCCAAAGAGCAGCAAGAGACCCAAACUGCUGCCCAGCUCUGGUCCGCAGCCCUCAGGGAUUUCUCAUCCGGUCUACUGCUGCACCUCCGUGGAAGCGUGCUACGGAGAGCCCUGCAGGAUCAACGGCUAUUCCACCUACAGCAGCGUGAUUCCGGCAAUUCCUCGAGGAGGUUGCGCCAAAUGCGGCCGUGGCAUCAACAGAGACGACUACUCAUCAAGCCUCAACGACCACCGCAGCCCGUCCUCCGUCUCCAUCUGUCCCAGUCCGAGAAUCCUCACCGGCUGCCCCAUUCCCGCAGUGCCUCCAGCCGGCCAAUCAGUGCCCCCCGUUCAGACGCCUCUGUCCGACCCCAGCCAACCGCAGCCUCCGCUGCAAGUGGCCAAGGAGUGUCCGCAGAGCGCCAAGCCUCCCAGCGGGUCCCGGUCUGGCGCCCGCGACACGGGCAGCAUCAUCUCGCUUGUGUUCCCGCUCAAAAAGGAAAAAAAGCAGAAGCUGGGCUCCGGCGGCGCCAGAGGACAAGCGCUUGCCAAGCAGCCCAAGAACGGACGCCAAAAAAGCACCAACGGCUGGCGUCCCGUCGGCCCUCCCUUUGAAAAAGACGUUUUCUCUCUGGGAGAAGAAGCUCUGGCGCCGAAGAAGUGUUACCAAGGAGUCGAACGGGACGGCGAGCUGAUCCAGGUCAGGGACACGGUCCUGCUGAAGUCCGGGCCCAGGAAAAAGUCUCUGCCUUAUGUGGCAAAGAUCUCAGCGCUGUGGGAGGAGCCUGAGACAGGAGAGUUGAUGAUGAGUUUGUUUUGGUACUACCGUCCAGAACACACACAAGGAGGACGCAACCUUAAUGUGCAUUGUCAGAAUGAGAUCUUUGCGUCCCGUCACCAAGAUGUGAACAGCGUGGCCUGUAUUGAAGACAAAUGCUAUGUCCUGACACUGGCACAGUAUUGUCGAUUUUGUGCCUUGGUAAAACGGCGAGGGGAGGGCGUACCCGACAGCGCCGCGUCCCACCUGGUCCCCCCCGCCGUGGGCCACGCCGCUCCCAGCCACCGCUGCGUGCCGGAUGACGUGGAUCCAGAGCUGGUGUUUUUCUGUCGCCACGUCUACGAUUUCCGCUACGGACGCCUCCUCAAGAACCUGCAGUAGCUCCACGCCGAACACAGAGACGUGAAGAUAAGGUGGAUUGAUCCGCCUCCGCUUAAAUGAGCUGCGCUGCCUGCGAAAGUGAGGGCCUGGAGGUUUGAAGAUGAAGGAACGUGAGAUUAGUUUCUCUUUGAAAUUUCACACUGACACGACACACACUUGUGAAGUCAACGUUGAGGUCUGACGCGUUGCAUCGGCGCGAUAAUGGCCGUCCAAAUGGUUUUAAUCACGCGCGGCUUCUCGUUCUGAGUGCGCUCUGUGCGGAACGUUUCUCCUGCAGGUCUUAGAAAUGUGCCAUUUGAUGGAUUUGAAGGAGCUUAUACGUGACUCACGGAAAAGUAUCUGCCUAUCACUCUUACACAGACGCAACAUAAGAGGCCUUUCCUUUCCUCAUUUCUCUUUAAAAGAGAUUCCUUACUGUGAAUGUAGGACUUAACCAUCAUGUAAAGAUCACACUUAAAGAUGGAGAGAGAGAAAGGAUCGCCGCCACUCGUAUAUGUGAUUAUUUAUGAUAAGUUUGAAUUUUAUAAAUGGCAUCUUCAUUGGCUGUUAGCUGCAUGAUGUCACAAAUCCUAAUUUAAAAAAAAAAUUAAUGGGAAAAAAAAAACCAAAUCUAACAAAAUUUGUAAAUGAUUUUAUUCAAAAUGCAACAGGGUCAUCGUAGCACGUACACCAAAUAAUAACUUAGCUUAACAUCUGAAACUAACUUGGUUAGUUGUAAUGAACAGCUAUUAAACUAAUGGAAACGUCAACAAAUAUAAAUGAAUUGAAAACUUUAUUAGUCGCUCGUCUACGCAGCAUUGACAGGAUAGAAAGAAUCACAUAACCGUAUAUUGGAGAAACUCAAGAGUUAUCACGGCAAAGCAACAACAAGCUAACGGCUCAAUAACCACUCAACAAAAGUCCCUUCAAAGAAGCCAUCGAUCAUGAUAUUGAUCAAGUAUUUUAAUGUGCAGGUAGUUGCAAAAAGUAUUCAUAUUUAAAAAUAAAAAACAAGCUUUCAUGUCACAUUUUUAAAUGACCUCAGAGGAGAUUUUCCACUUUGUGACGCACGUGCACUCAAAAAAAAAUAAAAAUCCUAAAUUGAGAAAAAGCAACGUGCAGACGCCGUCAGACUUAAUACUAUUACUAUAUUCUUAUUCUCCACGCGCUGACACAUGUAUUCGGUAGAUUUUAGAUGACGUGAUCAAUGAUUUAUUCCUCUACGUUCGCGAGAAGAUAGACUAUUUAUUUAUUAGAGAGACAAUAAAAGUCUAAUUUAUUUUCCGGAGGUCAUUUUAAAAGAAGGAUUUUUAGAGGUGAGGAAAUUACAAGUUGCCUCCCCAUUUAGCUGCACUCUCCUUUUUGCAAUAUGUACACUACUCGAAAAAAAAAAUGUUUGGUUUACAGUAUUCAGCUUUGGGGUGACAUUAUCGCGAGACCGGAAUGGUUUUAAACUGUAGAGCGCAUUUUAGGGUCAUCUUUUAGUUUCACCCGAAAGCCGACUAUUCCAAAUUUUUUGGGGGUAGUGUGUAUACUGCGAGGGCUUGUUUGACGAUCAGAGCCAUUGAAGUACAUCUUCCAAAGUAGUUUACCCUUCUUCUUAGUCCUCGCAGAGAGAAAAAAAAAAAAGCUUUCGCCUCCUGUUAGGUUUGAACUUAAUGCUUGUGGCUCGAUGGAAGGUUUUUGCUGAUCUAAUUUUUCUAAAAAAUCUUGCUACAUACCAGUGAGCACAAAUUAAAACCUAUAUGGCUGUCAAGCAAAUAUUGUCAGAUUUUGUGGGUUUUUUUUUUUUCUUACCGGUGUUCUUUGGUUUAAUUAUUGAAUUAUUAUUUAAAAGAAACAAAAAUUAUUUUAAUUGGACUGAUAUGAAACAGACUUUUUUUAAAAUCUGUUUUUACAAAAAGUUAAUAGGGACGUGUAAAAAAUCUAUACACACAAAUUUGACAUCGUUGAAUUGGAAAUCAUUUCUCAGUAAUGUUUUUAAUAAUCAAACUGUUGCAUAAAAUACUUUUCCCAAACCACUUUGAUUUUUUUUUUUUUCCCCAAAAAAAAAUUUAUAAUGCAAAUGUAAUAUACUCGUUUUAGACAAGGAUGCAAAAUUUGACCAUUUAUUUUAGUGGAGCAAUUGGCUUGCACAAAAGCUUGUUUCGAUGUUUGUCGUUGAGGAAAGUGGCACAUAUUUUUGGGAUAUAAUACAGCGCUUAACUUUUUUGUAUGAUUUCCCACUGAAUUCCAGUGAGAACAUUCAGUCGGUGUGAGUUGCGUUGGGUGGAUGAAGUACGACCGCUUUGCUAAAGCGUUAAUCAAUUGAUGGAAAAAAAAUCCCACUGGGUGUUCUUACAGUACAGUAGAGUGCAGUAUACAUGCAGUAUGGCCUUAGAAGUCGCUCAGCUCUCCUGAUGAAUCAACGUGUGAUACUUAGAUGUCUUAAUUGGUCCUCUGUGCCUGUUCCUGUAAACCCAUAUUUAAUAAUAUAUAUAUAUAUAAAUAUAUAUUCCAAGUGUUUUUCCAAGAACAGAAAUGUGAGCAGUUAGCGUUUAUUUUUUAUGUAACUUCCAAAUGCCUUUUCUGUCAUUUAAGUCAGAAGACACUGGUCUCAUGUUGAAUUGCACCAAAAAAAAAAAAAAAAGAGAGAGACAAAAGGGGAAAGUAUAGAAAUAUGAAUUUAUGAAUAUCAUUCCUCUGGGUGUAGAAGAACGUUGAAAAUCAAAUAGCAACAUUGUUUCUAGUGUGAGCUGUUAGUUUGUAUUCUCUUGCAUGGCAUUUUGGAAGUAUCUUGGAAAUAUUAAUCACAGCACAGUUUAUUUGUAUUGAACAAAAUGGACCGCUGUAAUAUAAGACAAAUAUUUAAUUGUAAUAAAUAAUAUAUGAGUUCAA